AUGACGUAUGACGUAACCCGGAAGCGGAAACAUCGGCGCGAGUGUUGACGCUCAGGAAAAGUUUGAUCCAAUAUGGACGACGUCCUGCAGAACAUCAUGGACCAUGCAGUCGCCGUCGCACGUGAAGCCGGACAGGUGGUGCGUGAGGCGCUCUGUGAUGAAAAACAGAGAGACGUGAUGACGAAAAGCUCAACCGUUGACUUGGUGACACAGACCGACCAGAGGGUGGAGCAUCUCAUCAUCCAAUCAGUGAAAAAGAAAUUCCCCACUCACAGGUUCAUAGGGGAGGAGUCAGUGGCUGCAGGUGAAGCUUGUGUCCUGACAGAUGACCCCACCUGGAUCAUCGACCCCAUUGAUGGAACCACCAACUUUGUUCACUCAUUUCCUUUUGUGGCCGUUUCUAUUGGAUUCUCUGUUGACAAAAAGAUCCAGUUUGGUGUGGUCUACAGUUGUCUCGAAGAUAAGAUGUUCACCGCCAGGAGGGGUAAAGGAGCAUUCUGUAACGGAGAACCACUGCAGGUCUCUGAUCAGGAAGAUGUCAGACGGUCUAUCAUCGCCACAGAGUUUGGAUCCAACAGAGAAACUGAAACAGUCGAGAAAAUCUUCUCCAGCCUCAGGAACAUCCUGAACAUCCCUGUACACGGAGUUCGUGGUGCGGGGACAGCGGCAGUCAACAUGUGUCUGGUGGCGUCCGGCUGUGUUGAGGCCUAUUAUGAGGUGGGGGUCCAUGUGUGGGACGUGGCAGCCGGGUCGGUGAUUGUGGAGGAGGCAGGCGGAGUCCUGAUGGACGUGGAAGGUGGACCUGUGGACCUGAUGUCCCGAAGAAUCGUCGCCGCCAACAACGGGACGGUCGCUCACAGGAUCGUCAAGGAGAUUGAUGCCUUCAGUCCGACCAGAGACGACGCCCCGCCCACACAGUGAAUCCAACACGUCCCAUUCAGAGUCUUCGAUAUAAACAGAGUCGCAACACUUCCAUAGACUCUCGUUGUAAAAAAUGGCGGACCAAAUAUGGACCUACUUCCGAGUUCAGGAUAGUUCCUACAUUGAGUUUAAUGCCGUCUGAACCCAUUCAUUUGUAUUUGUGCUGAUCUACCAACUCCAGCUCUAAACUGAUCAGAUAUGGUCAUCUUUGAAAUGAUCCAGUGUAUUUCCUGUAUCAGUGACAGUUCUGUUGUAAAUUCUG